UCCAAAACAGCCAUCAAUUAUCAUUUUCAUUCUUUGUACUUUCUUUGAGUAUCGAUUUAUGGGUGUUUCAAUUGGUUUUAAUUAUGGGCACUGGUCUAUUUCCUUUGUCUUCUUUAUGCGAAACUCCUCACUGCAAAAUCUCGAAGUCCUACAUAAAUGCGACGCACAUUCUGAGGCCAUUUACAAGAAUCAUUCAAGGACUUAGCCCCAACAAUUUGCAACCAUCAUGACCGACCUAUAUCCAAUUGUCAUCCCGCCAUUUGAACAUAGAUUCAAAGCUGUCACCUAUACAUGCAGCGGAGAAGGUCUACGCAAAGAUGGUCAUUCUUACGAUCCCAACGUCGAAAAAUUCAUACCUCCCAAAGCUCAAAAGUUAGGCAAUAAUAUUGGAGCGAGACCAGCAGGUUGGUGGAAAGCCCAAUGCGCAUUCAGAGGAUUGAAACAAACUGGAUCCAUCGCCGAGUUACAGUCGAGGUUGGGAGGAGCUAAGAAAGAAAUGGAUCCAGAGCUGAAGGCCGCAGAGUCCCAAUUGAUCAAGGAUUUCAAGAAGCAAAACAAACUUGCGAGAGAUGGCGAUUGGGAUAAAUUAAAGACUGCCGAGGAAAAGGCUGAUGCUAAUCCACAAAGAUACCUCAACGAAGCGUUUCCGAAAAGUGCCACGGGAGAACUAGCAAAGCCGGAUAUUAUCAUUGUUAAGAAUGAACAUAAAGCUGCCUUAGCUGAAGCUGCGCAUAAGAUGGGAUUGGAAUCUUUGUUAGUGGAUGCCCCUCGGGUGGGUAACAAACGGCCUUCUCCAGAUCAGUGGGUAGUAGUGGGGAGAAUUACAGAUGCUGUAUUGAAUCAGAAGCGUGAGCUUGAACGGGCAGCGACUCGGCCCAAGGAAAACAUACCAAAGAAAACCCCUGGAGAUCGACCAAAACAAACAGCAAGGAAAUCUGUACCCAGUUCAGGAACGCACGACAAUGUGUUUGAUGAAAUUGGGACUCAGCAAGCACGCCCAAUACUACCACUACCACGGAGAAAACAGGGAGCUAGGAAAAUUGCUCCAAGUACUGCCACUCAUGAUAAUUUGUUCUCCGAUAGUGAUCUUCAUGGUCCUAACCUUCCGGGGCCAGCUCUUCGAGGCCCCAAAAAACAGACGGCUGUAAAGUCUACAAGUAGUACUAGCACUCAUCCAGACUUGUUCGCGGAUGAUGGUGAGGAUGAAGUCGCUCACAGACAGCCAGCCGCGAAAAGAUUACGGACAUCGGCCAGCAGCGCGCGAGCCAAUUCAAGCGCAGCUGAGUCGGAAGGUCUAUGGGAUGUUCGAGGUUCUUAUGUGGUCGAGUGCCCAGAUAUUGAGGAAGAAUGGGGAGAGAAAGACUCGGAUCUUACUCUUGACAUUUACGUGGAAAAGAAAAAUGGAAGACAUCAGAUUUUUGCAAUGUUCAAUUUUAUAGUUGUCGAGGGCAUCAUGCGAUUUGAAAGACCAACUGGUGUGCCAAGUCCGAAGAACGCUGAUAAAAAGAGAAAACGAGAAAGCACUUCUUCCAUAGAUGAGGAUGGAGAUGUUAUGAUGAGUGACGUUGCUCAAAGUGUCGCGAGUAAUAGUAAGCACAAAGAAAGUGCCUUUUUUCUUGGAGUCAACGAUAAGCCCACAGCCCGGAGCCCUACAUGGCCAUAUCGCUGGAGAGGUGAGGAGACUGGCGAAGGAGAAAUUCAAGUUGGCUCUGAUAAAAGGUUGGAGAGUAUCACCUUUGACGACAAGAACAAGUCUUUAUCAGGCACCUUCACGUGUGAUUUCGCAGGGAAAUGCAAGUUCACGGGUUUGAAGGUAAAUAACCGUCCGCAUGAUUCACGGAUUGAUCCAGAGAGUCAAUGGGAGAGCCGCAGCGAGGCUGCUUAUGAGGAGGCACUUCAGACAAGGUGGAAAUGAUGGUGAUUAUUAACAAAAGCUCUUUGCAAUUCUUCUUUGUACCACAUAACUACCGUGGUCGAUACAUUAUGAUUUCACAGGUUGUAAGAUUAAAUGCACAUAAAUACAAAUUGCAGGAUAUGAUACGGAACAUACCCGUAUAAUAAGGCCUGAAGUCAUAUCUGAAAAUCGAAGCACUUCGUACAUGAUUUGACAUCGUCCGGAAUCCGGGUUUUUGUUCUUAGCACGGCCCCUGCAAUAAAAAAAGACCCGUCUGAGUGCCGAGUAGUCGAGAUAAUUAUUAAGUGACAGAUAGAGAGAAGUGGAUCUAGUGA